AUGGAUCCGCCGUCGCUGGUGUCCAAGGAGUCCCUGCCGGAUCUGUGGGCGUUGCCGCAGGCCACGGCGGACUACGACGGCGGCGGCGGCGGCGGCGACGGGGGCGGCAUGUUGUGGACGCGGUCGGCGACCGCCGGAGGGGUUCCCAUGGGGCACAAUUCUUUUUUCGCCGCGGUGGCCGGCCGCCAGGCUGCGGCGUCAGUCGAGGGAUCGACGGUCACGGAGCAGAGCGUGAUGACCCGCGGGGGGCGGAAGCGGAGGGACUCGGGACCGCCGCUUGUGGCGGCGUCUGAGGAUGAUUCCUCGAAGCUCAUCUCCUCGUGCAGCGGCAAUGAGCUGGUAUGAUCUGUCUGGAUCAUACUCCCCCUGUGCCUCCUCCGCUCUGAUUUUUCUGGCUGCGUGUGUUGCAUGAUCUUAUAUCCUUUACAGUUUGAUUAUUGCCGCUCUGUUACCUUUUUUGGGGUUCAUCAUAAGAUCUACGCAAGCUCAUCGAGUUAUCUCGGCCAAAUUCUCGUAGAAAUGAUGCUCCGUGCGAAGAUAGUGGGAGGAAAGGAAAGAACUAGACAACUUCUGCUUUGGGAGUCAAUCCCUCCGGAAGUCCCACAAAUCUUCGACAGUGAAUUUUUUUUCCUGCUGACGACAGGGAUUAGUGCCUGAUUAAUCCCACAUAAUUUGUUGCCCAAAAUCUCUUUUACAUUGAUCCUGUACCGUUUCUAUGAUUUUUAGAGAUUUGAGUUCAUCGUUUGAUUGUUCAUGAGAAAACCCAUCAGGCGAAAAUAGUGGGUGAACUUCCAGGCUCUGCAGAAUCUCAUAUGUUUCUGUUCAGGUGAGGUUGUAGAGUUAAAUCAUCCUCUGGUCUCAGGAGCCCAGCUCGAUUCUUCUAAAUUCAUCCCAGGAUCAUAUACUGUGAGUGUAUUUUUCUUCUUUUUUCUUUUUUCAUCAGAGGUCAAUGAAUUGUGUUCUCAUUCUGUGCAGACAGAAUCUGAAGCUAAACGCCUCAAAGCCGAUGGCCAGAGAGAGGAUGGCCAUGGAGAAGAACCCAAGGCUGAGGCCGAAGUCAACUCUGGGGCCUGCCACAAGAGGGGAAACCAGGCCUCUCAGUCCUCCGUGGCUCCAAAGCAGGACUACAUCCAUGUCAGAGCAAGAAGAGGGCAAGCCACAGACAGCCACAGUCUUGCAGAACGAGUAAGCCCUCUUGCUGCUGGAGAUUAAUUUUCGAUCCUCGGGGCAGAAAUGCCUCAUUAGCUGGUGUUAGUCGCGUAUAUCAACACACUGAUGAAUGCAGUAAAUACGAACCAAGGACAUCAUCUCAAAGUUAGAUCCAAUGCGCGACUUUACAAGCGCCGCAUUAUUCCACUUUGUAUUCGCUUAGAACAAGUUGGUGAGAUCGCCAUUUCGGAGGUCUUUAUGCAUGCCAUGCUUCAGAAUGGUCUCCAGAAUCUUGCCAACUAUUAGUAUGCAUGAUGAUUUGUGCCGGAAUUAGCAAUGGGCCAUUUAAAGAAUGGUUCUUGGGAGGAUGGUUGCUCUCAGAAUCCCACAAUAACUUUGCUGUGAUUAUCAUAGUUGUUAAAAAUAGGUCAAUGAGGCGAUUGAUUUCCUGACCGGAGUCUUCUUCUUUUGGUUGGGGGGGCAGGCCAGGAGAGAGAAGAUCAGCGAGAGGAUGAAGAUUCUUCAGGAUCUGGUCCCCGGCUGCAACAAGGUUCAGAUCCAUCCGUUUAUGCUUUCUUGAUUCUACAGAGAGAGAGAGAGAGAGAGAGAGAGAGAGAGAGAGAGAUGCGGAGAUAAUUCGAAUCUGAAAGGCCCAGCGGGCAGGCUGAAGAUGUUCUUGAAGCGUCUUCUCAUGCAGGAUUUUUAAUGGCCAGGUGAUCGGGAAAGCAUUGGUGCUUGAUGAGAUAAUUAAUUACAUCCAGUCUCUACAGCACCAGGUUGAGGUACGCCUCUGUCUGUCUCUCUCUCUAUAGGUUUCCUGCUUAGCCCACAAUGCUCUCAAAGAGGCCAACGGCGGCCCCAUAAUGGGUCUGAACGGCCCAGUAUCAUAAAACGUCAAAGGCAUCCUACAUGGGCCACAGCCCAUCAGGAUCUCUCUCUCUCUCUCUCUCUCUCUCUCUCUAACGUACCUGCUUAGCCCACUACCCUUGCAGUUCCUGUCGAUGAAGCUUGAAGCGCUCAGUGCUCCCACGAGUCACUCCAUGGAAGGAUUUCCAGAAGAUGUAAGACAUUAAGAUUAAAUUUUUUAGAUCAACUGGAUAAAGCUCGAUGAUAUAUACAUUAAACUCGCCGAAUUUAAAAACUCUAUCUGGGUUUUUAUUAUUGAUAUAUAUAUUUUUAAUGGUUCUGACGACGAUCUGGGUUGGUGCCGUCCAGGCAUUUGACACCACCUCUCGGCUGGCCUUCAACAACCACCCACCGCCACCAAGGGAAUACGGCCAGGGAUCGUCUGAGUGGCUCCACAUGCAGGUUGGACCUGGCUUCAAAAGGGCUGCCGGAUCAUGA